UCCUCUUCUCUUCCCGCUCUCCAAAUCCAAUCCAAUCCAAUCCCCUCCCCCCUCUCCCUGUCCCUCAAGCGUGUGCGAUCAUAAUGAAGCCCACCACCAGCACUGCGACACCACCGGUCACGCCGGCGCCGGCGCAGGCGGAGCCGUGUAGCCACACGUCCGGCGCCACAAAGCGGCAGCGGAAGGCAGCGGCGGUGCCGCUGAGCGACGUGACCAACCUCCUCCUCCCCGACACCCCGACCCCAAUCAAACCCAGGAGGACUGGACGCCGGCCCCUCCCUCCGCCCUCCGACGCCUCCUCGACCUGCUCCUCCACGGCCUCGGUCACGCCCGCACCCAAGCCUUCUUCCGCCGCCGCCCUCGAGGAGGAGAGCAGUGUGGUCAAAUCGGUGGCCAUCUCCACGGUUUACAAAAGGCGCGGGACUACUGAGGCUCAAUGGAGGGUAGGGAACACCUCCACCAGCAAGGGCAAGGCACCCGCUGCUGCUGCUGCUGGGGCGGCGAGCUGCCCCCCUCUUGGAAAAGCUACAAGGAACAACAACAGGAAAACCUCUAUGGAUCAGGAUGCUCGGCCCAUUUCUUAUUCAGCUCCUUGUCAUGAAGCUAAAAAGAAGCGACCCUCUUCAAGCACACCCAAGUUACCAGAAGAUUUUGUCAAGAAGCAGAGAGCGUACUUUGCAGAUAUCGAUGCCUUUGAACUGCCAGAGGAAGAGGUCUCAGAAACUGACCUGGAGUGAAAACUGAAGUUGAUCCAUUGGUCCCUCAAAUAUAUGGCCUUUUCUGUACAGAAGUAUACUCGAAUUACUUUUACAAUGUAAGUGCGAGUUAUGGUAGCAACAUAUAGCUCCUGUAACACGAGGUGGUGUAACUUAGUGCUUACUGUUCAAUGCCCCACUAAAGUUCCUUUUGUCCAAGCUUUUAGUUGUAGCAUAGUAGUGUGGUAGAUACUGAGACGUGACAACGAGGGAGCUUUGACUGUUUGAAAAUGAUGAGCUGCUUAAUACGGUACUAAUGACUCGAUCUUUAGCUUGUAUGAAA